GGGCUGCGGGAGCCGGAGAACAACCCAAGUGACUGCUCCAUUUCCUAGCCCAGCCCGUUCGCCAGAGAGCAUCUACCAAUGGCGGAGAAGCGGGUCCUGGAGGCAGUGAGCGCCAUGAGUUACAGCAAGCUCCCUCGACUGGAGGUGGACCCAACCCACGUCCUCCCGGUGGGUUUCUGCCGGUCCAGCGGGCUGCCCGACCUCCCCAUGGAUGACCAUUACAGUUACAAAGGCUCCUACUUUACUUUCCCACUCCAGUGCCACGAAGCGCCCAAAACUUUAUCUCACUGGUCGGCUGCCGAGACCUACAGCCAUUGCCCGGCAGGUGCGCCUGGCCAGUCUCCAAGGACAGAGAAAGCUAACUACCAGCCCGAAAUAGAGAGUUUGAAAUCGCGUCAGAGACUUCCGGGUUCUGAAAAGGUCAACGAAUGUAUCAACCGAGAGCGGUGGGCCAGCUAUGUGGGUCACACAGGGGUGAUCCAGCAAGGUUGGAUUCAGGGGUACCCAACCCAGCAGCUCUCUCCAGCUCCUGCAGCUUGCUCCACUUUGGCAGCCCCCAAACCGGUUUACCGAAGCCACCCAUACGGGGCAGAAUCGGGCUACUCCCCCAAAGGGGCUCUGACCUUCCGAAUGCAGAUGGAGAACUUCUCCAAGCGUCUGGAAUGGUCUUCCCCGUCCUCGGUUUUGCCCACUGGUGCCGAGAGUCGCGGUUACAGCACAGGGGGGUCCAAGAAAACCUCGAUGGCGGAGAAUGGCAUGGUGCAGUUUCGGCAAAGGUCCAAAGAGAGCGCUGUUCACUCGGCUGCCUUCUUGCCUUACCAUAAGACAUUGGAGAAAUGCCAGAGGGCACAGAAUGGCUCUUCCUUGGAUGCCAGCUAUCCCUCUGUAAGUCAGAAAAGCAUCUCCGAGUCCCCAGCGGAUAGCAAUUCCAGCAAACACAUGUGGUCCAGGCUGCCACCACCACCUCCUCCUCCUCCUCCUUCCAGCUUACUGGUGAGUCCCCAGGACCUGGCAUACCAGGAGCAAUCACCCUCAUGCUACCCUCUGGGAUCGUAUCCCCUCACUUCUCAUGAACAAAUGUUGUUGUAUCACCAGAGCUACGUGCAAGCCGAAAAAACAAACUCGGUUUUUGCUUUGGCGGCCUGCAAAGGUUUUGGGUCUCCAAGCCGUGAAGAUGGCCAACUGUUCCCCGGGUCAUAUUUUCAGCAAACCUCUCGCAGCUAUUAUCCUGGCCAUCUGGAGAGCUACCUUUACCAGGCUGUGGGCCCGCCUCCAAUGGCCCCCUCUGAAGAGCUUCGCUCUUCAAGGGAACAUGAGCACCCACAGAACUCAACGACCAAGGUGGACUGUGCUCCAAAGACUCCUGUCCCUGCCUGUGCUUUGUCUAAAGAGGCUCCCCCAGCUUGUAGUCAUUGGCGCAGCCGAGGUGAUCUCCCAGACUGGUGUGAGAGUAGCCGUGUUGCAAGAGAAGCCAGCACAAAUUCUUCUGGUCUACAAGCUUUCCCUUCCAUUCAUCAAGUAGACCGGCUGUCUCAUUGUUACGACAGGGUUGGAAAGAUGGAGGGAAAUGGUUGCAAGAAGGAUCUUUGCCCACCAGAAAAGCUGAAUGAGAAGGAGGAGGAAUCUUCUGAGAAACAUCACAAGGUCUCCUUAACUUAUGAAUCUAGGAAGAGGAGCAUCACCACUCACAAAAAUGAAUUGGGAGGCUGCAUAAUUAUUUCUGAUAGUCCCAUUAUCUCCCACCAUCCCUACUGCAAACCAUCCCUGCCCAAAAAUGUUCUGAAGGCUCCCAACAUCCAAUCUAUACCUCAUGUACAUUGGUCCCCAGAGCGUCAACCAAAGGGACUCCAUGAACAGCAUGAAGGUCCCUCAACUUCUUCUCCUCCUAUGCCUGUUAUCAACAACGUCUUCAGCUUAGCUCCAUACCAAGCAUACUUAGAUGGUUCCACCGAUUUGGUGGAACUGGACACCACUAAAAGUUGUCAAGCUGAGGAGUUGCCUCCCAAAAACAGAGACAAGAGUGUGGAAAAUGGAUUUGUGCCUUGGACAGGCUCUAAAAGAUCGACUGAAGAAUCUAAGGUGGAUCUGCCUAGGGAGGAAGGAAGCACUUGCAACACAAUAUCGAAAGUUGGAGAUGCUGACUUGAAUAAAAAUAAUCUCCCAGUAGGACAAGGGGUUGGAGAUUAUGCUGGGCCUGGGCAAAGCUUCAAGGUCAAGCUUUUGAAUCCAACUGAUCUUGGGUCUUGCCAAACAGCCCCUGCCAAUCGUUCCAAUGGUAGAGUUGAGAGACUUACUCAUGAAGACCAUGUGUUGGACCUCAGCUUUAAAACGGAAGACUUGGCAGAGAGACCUGAUCUUCAGCAGCUGCCCAAGAAAGUUGAGGCUCCAGACAGUGGAGGUCCAAAGAUCAAAGGUCAAGAAGUGAAGGGAAAAGCAGCCAGCAGCCAGGGCUCUGUCUCCCAGACAAACGGAGAGGCCUUGGUGCUGCCCGCCAACGGUGAUUCUAGAAGUAACAGACAUUUUCAUAGCUCUGCGGCGUUUCUGUUCAAGAAAUUCAAAAUCUUAAAAGCACAUGCAGCUGAAGCUGCCUCUGGGGUCAAGGAUGUCUCUCUCCCAAAAAAUUCUGGCCCACAAGUUACUCAGCAAAAUAACUCCUUGGUUGGGUCCAGCCUUCCCCAGACUGUGACUCCAUCCAAAACUCUGAUCUUGCAGAUCCAGUGCUUGAAUGCUAAACUGCCCAAUGCUUCAACAUCCUUGCCUCCCAGUGCCCCUCCUGGCUCUCCUGCCCUUAGAGAGACCCCACCAUUGGAUCCCACCAUUGAAAAACAUCUUGGUCAGCAGAAAUCACCCAGGCAGUAUUUCACUGCGUUGCAUACCUCUGUCUGCACUAUAAUUUCUAGUUCGGUGUCUACCUCCUCCCCUGACAAACUCAAGGAAUGGUUGGAGAUGUCUGAGUCCACUGUGGAACUGCAAGAGAAGACCAUCAGUUGCACCAAGCCCAAAAAUGGUUCAAAGGUCUCUGAGGGACCCAAGCUCUCCAAGGGCAAAGAGAUCUGGCUGGCCUUUAAUGAUGUAGAGGCACUCCUCAAGAAGUUGCAAUCUCAACUGGAGAUAUUCGUGCUGUAUAAUAACUGUCCUUUUCCUCAUGUGAUGCGAGCUGGCGCCACUUUCAUCCCUAUUCACGUGGUGAAGGAGGAACUCUUCCCCAAUCUUUCUGGUGUGUCGGUUGACCACGUCUUGCAGGACCACAAGGUGGAACUGCGUCCUACCACCUUGUCUGAAGAGAAGGCAUUGAGGGACUUGGAUCUUAAGAGCUGUACUUCUCGGAUGUUGAAGCUGCUGGCUUUGAAACAGCUGCCAGACAUUUACCUGGACCUCUUGACCCUUCAUUGGCACGAGUGUGUCAAGCAGCAGCUUGGGGAUCCUGCGAACUUGAUCCCAAACAGUGAUAUUGAGGCAUUAGGAACAGAUGCAACCACAGAGUCUCUUGACCAGGACUUCAGAGAGAAGAGUACCAAAGGCAAAACAUGUGGAUUGGCAGCUUGUUUUGGGACUACGUCCUCGCAUUGCAAGACUCCCCAACCAGAAGAUAAAGAAACAAUUGCCAGAUGUUCCUCACCUUCCCUCCAACAUGGUUGUGUGCUAAAGGGGAUGAAGGUGCUUCCUAAGGAAGACUCAGCCUUGGAGACCAAGGGACUCACUCUUUGCUCUGGUGCUAGGAGACCAUCCCAUAAACAGCCAAGGACUCUUGAGCUUAAAUUGACUGCUAAGGUUGCUAGGAGGACAACCAGGGCCUCCAAGAUCCUUCACCUCCGAAAAUCUGUGGUUCACAUCCAAUUCCAGAACGCUCUUCAGGACAUUGAGGGACCUCAGGUUCUUGGUCCUUCAAGGAAGAGGAAGAAAGUCCCACCACCGCUCCUCCUAAAGCAUUUCAAGCGGCGGACAUGCAGUCGUGUCAAGGUUUCUUCCGUGCCCUCUGAGUACCCAGAACUUGUUGGCAAGAGGAUCAGGCACUUGUAUGAGGAGAAGGACAAGACCGAGGCCUGGUAUCAGGGCGUGGUGCUUCGGGUUCACAAACCCCACAAAAACCCUUUGAAGACGGUUUAUGAGGUGAAAUACGAUAGUGAGCCAGAGUGGCAAUAUUACCUUGAGAUUCUGCAGGAUUAUAAGAAAGGUUGGGUGGAGCUGGAUGAAUGAGCGGAUGGGUG